GUACAGCCCACGUGAUUUGUCGACUUGCUCGUCUCAAGCCGCCAUCACCACAAUGUUGUUUGUAUGUUCCAGGGACCUCAUACCCAAAACGCGUCGGGAAAAGCAAACCAAGUUAAUGAAGAAUUCAGAGCUGCAAUCACAAAUUGUGGUGCUGAAAGUUGAACGAGAUAAAGCUCAUCAAGAUUCAGAGCAGUCGAAAAAGAUGUUUGCCCGGUUCCUGGAUCACUUUCGUGGGAGGCUGGUCUACCACAUCAAUGGAAUUACUCAUUUGGUCGAGUCCGUCAAGUCUGACGAUCAGGUGGUAGCUGAUCGGGCGGCGCACGGCCUACGCCGUUACAUACGCCACCUGCUGACCGAAAUGAAUGCGGCAAACAAAGUGCGAGAAGCUCAACUACUGAACGUUGUAGAAAGAAUGGACAUUGAAUGCAAAGUAACACGACAAGCUAUGAAGGACAUUCUGACAGCUUAUAUUUACCUGCGGAGCCAGGCAAUAGAGAAUGAUGGAUUCAUUACUGAUCUGGGAACCCCACCACUUGAGUUGGUUGAUGCCGUGACUCGGUCGAUGAAACCGACAGAUUUCAACCUCAAUCUAUCAGCAAUGGCUUUAGCUGUGUGUACUGAAACCAAAAGGAAACGCAGUCAACUCAUUCGCGCCGGAAGCCGAUUCCCAAAGGUUUCAAGAAAACCGCAGAACUGAGAAAAAUAGACUAAAUUCUCCCUCAAAUGGAGGAGAAAACGGUGCAGGACGAAUAGUUUUUAUACUUUUACACCAUGUUAUUGUACGAACUAUGUUCCUGUCUGUGCGUUAAAC